UGAUGUUCGAUGUCUGGCACACACAUUUAUCUCUUUUUGUUGUGUUUUCUUUGUUUUUGUUAAAUGAUGGAACCCAUCAAGACAUUAGCAAAAUCUUUGCCUGUGAAAGUUGACGUUGAAAACCCUUUAAAAUCAUCGUCUUCGAGAACUUCCAGCUCGAAUUACAGCACUUCAAUUGAAAUAAAUGUUGAUAGUCAUUUGGAUAAUAAAACAGUCCAUAGCGAAAAGCAUAGGAAAAGUUCAAAGCAACUUAGAAACGAACGUCAUGCCUACGAAAGGUAUUUGGAUACCUUUGUGAGGAUCGAGGACAGACGGUAUUUGCCGAAUGGGUCGGUUAGGCGUCAACUGGCUCCACUCAGGGCGAUGGUCGGGACGGUAGUGCUCUCACCCUCCAAAUUCAGGCACAAGCACUUCCGGCCCCUGGGCUCCCACUUUUAUUUCAGUGAGCAUAUCAUGGCCGUGGACCCAUUGGUUUCAGCGAUUUCGGAACGGGAGCGACUAAACACGACUAAGACAAUAUCGACAAUUAUUUUCGUAAGCACCCGAGACUCCAAGGGCUUCAGUGUUUCUGGCUACAUUGAUUUGGAGCAGAGCAUGCGAAGGUUCAAGCUCGGCGAGUUUAAAUGUCAUCCCUGGUCGGAUAUUUUUGCAGGACGCCGUCGGUUGGAGCCAAACAACCAGGAUCUGAGCUUUGUCACUUGGAAGAAUGCCACUGUCUAUUACAAUGAAUCGGAUAACUAUAGGAUUAUUCCGGAUGCUGGAAAAGGAUUGUGUUUUCUCUUCAAGGGUGAUGGUUCCUUGCUGCCUAUCGAGAAAUUCAUCACUGAAGAACAUUCAUCGUGCACGUUUCUAGAAUCAGAAAAACAUGGAUUUUGUGCUGUUUAUGAUCAUCGAAUACGCCGUAAAAUGUGAUUAAAAAAAUAAAAUAUAGUAGAAAUCAAA